GUAGGUAUGUUUGACUGAGUGUCAUCGAGAUGGAUGAGACAUUGCCUGCUGUUCCACCUGCAUCGUCUCUCAUCAUUCAAUCUAAGACUCACAAAGAUACUGUUUUAACUAACUUUGAAGAACAAAGAAAAAGAAAUUUCUUGUGUGACAUCACUUUAAUUGCUGAAGAUGUUCACUUCAAAGCACACAAAGCACUGCUUGCUGCCAGCAGUGAAUAUUUCUCUCUGAUGUUUGCUGAUGAAAGCCAGCAAGAUCAAGCUAUCUACAUGCUCAAUGGAAUGGCUGCAGAUACCUUCAGUGCUGUGCUGGAAUUCAUAUACACUGGUCGUCUGAAUGUCACUGAAAAGUCCAUUGAGCAUAUUGUGACCACUGCUGAGAUUCUGAAAGUGAAUGAUUUAAUCAAAGCAUACUCAGACUAUCAGGACAACAAUUUACAUGUUAAGGUAUCAUUGGCUUCCAAUGGAAUUAAAGUGGUAGUUGUGGAUCCCAAUGUUGAUAAUGAUCAACCCUCGAAGCCGAAGCGCAAAAGGGGAAGGCCCCGGAAAUGUGAACAGCUGCAAACAGAAAGGGCUGAAGUUGACAGUGGGACCCCAACUGACCCACAAGAACAUGCAAGCACACUGGAAGAACCUACAGAGGAAUCUCACAGUAGAACUAGCAGUAAGGUGAUCAGUGAAGGGAGACAAAGUUAUAAGGUGUCAGAACCAGAAACCUGUUUUGAUGCUGAUGCAGCUUCUCAGGCAGAAGGUAAUGAACACAAAUUAGCAGUGGUGAGUCGUAGCCGUUAUAGCAACCGUAGAAUUCAGAGGCCUAUUAAGUUAAUGGGGUACAAGCUUGGCACAGUAGAGGAGGAACAGGAGGAAGUGAAGAAGCGAGGGAGGAAGAGAAAGUAUCCAGAUGUGGAGGCUAGAUGUGAAGACUGUGACAAAGUGUUUAAAAAUCACCACUUCUUGUCCAUACAUCGAAGGACACACACAGGUGAACGUCCUUUUAAGUGUUUUGAAUGUGGUAAAGGAUUUUCACAGAAGCACACGCUGCAGGUUCAUGAGCGAAUGCACACAGGGGAGCGUCCUUAUCACUGCACAGUUUGUGGGAAGGCAUUGACCACCAAGCAUUCUCUGUUGGAGCACAUGAGUCUGCACACAGGAAAGAAAGCUUUUAAUUGUGACCAGUGUGGGAAGUUUUUUACUCAGAGGAGACAACUGAAGAGCCAUUACAGAGUCCAUACAGGUCAAUCCAUGCCUGAAUGUGUGCACUGUCAUCGUAAAUUCAUGGAUGCUGCUCAGCUGAAGAAACAUAUGAGAACACACACAGUAUCACACUUUGUUUCAUAA